GAUCUCUAUAUUACUGUACUGUUCCCGACCCCUUUAGCAAACCUGAUGAUGAAAUAAAGGUAUGGCUAAUGGGGAAUGAUGGUUAGAGAUGAUGCGCCUGCUCCUGCCCCUGCUCCAAUGAGAUAUGCAGCGCCAAAGAGCGUCCGGGUUGGAGAUGAUGGAAAUUGAGCCUAGACUCAAGGAAUUGAGAGGAUUGAGGAGAAGAAGAAGGGAGAAGAGAAGGGAGGAGGAAAGAAGAGGAUUAGGGGAGAAUUUGGGAUUUAUUAUUUUCUUGCCUGCUGAUUACAAGUAUGAAAUAUCUAUUUAUAUUUUAUACUACUACUAUUAGGACUAAAUUGUAAAAGCUACAAUGACAGGGCCUAUGUUGUAAAAAAAAAUUAUUGCUGAUGGGCCUUAUAGGGCCACCUUCAGUUGUGGGAUGGCUCCUUGCCUCUUUAGAGUUCCCCUUCCUAAGUUGGGCCUGCCCACUGCUUCAAGUCUACCCAGUUUGAAAGUUGGUAAUCGGAUUUGAAUAAAUGGUCCGAAUCGGGCAACUUUCGACUCUGAACUCCCGACAGCCCGAUUCGCUACACCUUAGUUAUCUCCGCCGCUUCAUCCAAACACCUCUGGAUCCUCCCAACUUCACCCUAUCGCUUCGCCUCGCUCUUUCUAACCCUAAAGCAAUGCUCCGCUCCUACUAUCAUGGUUACAGCCAUAACAAUCCCCUCCCCUUGAAAAAAUCCUUGUCCUCAAGGAUCGAACGCCGAAAAUUGCGACUUAAGGAACCAGUAGUCUUCCCAAGUCGUAAAGUCCUCCGGCAAAUUACUCUAUUUCACCAGAACUUGGGUAGCCGCCUGAUUGCCGCGCCAAAUCAUUCUACGAUCCAAGAUCUGCUCCGGUUUCGCCAAAAAUUGCGCUCCUUCGCCAACGAUGGGCACAGUGGGAGUGAUGGAGCUCCCUGUGGACAGACUUCUCUUGAAAAGAAACACAUAGAAGACCGGGUGAACCUUCAAGCCUUUUGGCAGUCGCAAGUGAUACGUUACGAGUCCGAUUCAUCCCACUAUUUUGAAAGGCCCAAAGUAUCGCGCCGAAAGCUUUGUGUUCUUCCUCAUUGCGACGAUAAGCUAUCAGUAAGGCUGCAACUUAAGGUUGCAACCAAGGGAUAGGCCGUGGACCCAACAGCGAAUUGAGCAUCCUACGGAUCCCUUGUGUGCUUAUGGUUAAUAAUACCUCCUGCCGAACCCGACAGGUUUAAUUCGAACAUCUCAAACCCUUAGUUACUUUCAA